ACCCAGGCGUCCAGCAUUGUCACCGAUAGCCUUGAGUCCCCCUGCAGCUUGUCUGACAGCUUGGAGACACCCAACGCUCUGCACCAUUGCUCUGGAUCUUACAGUGUUUGACCGAAGCCUGUAGCAGAUUCUUUCAGUCGGUUCUGCCAUAGACUUACACGGAUCGGACAAGGACUGUGGGAACCAUCUUUUGGGCUUUUCAUUCAGUGUUUCUUUCCUUCCUCGCUGACCUGAUCCUUCUCCUGCACGUCUCGGCAAAAGACGGUUUCCGACAGCAGCAGCAGUGAUGUCCACUCAAACUGUUUGCCCUCAGGGACAAAAAGUGCUGAGACCUCCCCAGCGGAGUUCCAACUGUCUCUCUGAUCUGUACCAGAACAUGGUCCAGGGCGAAGAAACCCAAUUUGUGGAAAAAAAGAGGUGCCAACCGCUGCAUAGCAGCAGCAGCGCCAGCCAGUUGACUUCCUGUCUUCCCGAGAAAGCUGAGCGUAGAGUUCCUCAGAGCACCACGGUUACAAGUUGUGACCCGCAUCUCCGACCCAUCAUGCGCCGGCGGGCCAGGUCCUUGCCCAGUUCCCCAGAGAGAAAGCGUAGCGGGUUGACUCCCUGCCGUGUUCCGGGUUGCAAGACCCGCAAGAACCGUGUCAGGUUUGCAGAUGCCUUGGGCCUGGAGCUGGCGGAAGUGAAAGUCUUCCAAGCCGGGGAAGACCCAUCUAUCCCUCUUCAUGUUCUUUCUCGGCUGUCCAUUAAUUCGGAUCUCUGUUGCAGCACGCUGGACCUGGAAUUCACCAUGCAGUGCCUGGUACCUGACUUCCAGCAGCCGGGAGAUUGUGAAGACUUCCUCAGCCACCUGCAACAGCAGCAGGUGUGUUUGGAACGAGUGUCCAGCUCAGAUCUGGGCCUGAAUGGCACAAUCAGAGUGAUCAAUUUAUCCUUCGAGAAGCAGGUGGCUGUGCGUUACACUUUUAAUCACUGGAAGAGCCAGCAUGAAAUAAAUGCUCAGUGGCAGAGUAGUGCUGCUGGUCAAGAUGGAGAGACCCAAGUGGACAUUUUCACCUUCUUCCUUCCUAUGCCUCCCUUCCUUCUUCAGCUUAGCUCAGUAAUUGAGUUUGCAAUCUUAUACCGAGCCAACGGACAGGAACACUGGGAUAACAAUCAGGACAAGAAUUACACCCUCACUUGUAGGAAUCAUCCGCUUAAGAUGCCCAGAGAAUGUGAAGAGAGCUGGAUUCAUUUCAUCUAAAAGCAAAACAAAAGGCUUCUGCAUUCGUUUGACCGUUUUUCUUUGCGCUGAGACACCAAAGAAACUCUUCGAUGUGGCAAAGAUCCUUCAGAAUAAAAGAAAUAACAAGCAAUCUCCACAAAAGCUA